CUUCGCGUAUAAAAGGGGAAAGUACGGUUUAAUUGGUAUCAUUUGGUUUUUAUCCACGAUCAUUCAAGCACCACCAUGAAAUAUUUCGCCGUACUUUUCUUCGUCGCAGCCACCUCGGCCGGUCGUCUUGAAAAUGUCUAUCUUCCUCCUAGUAGUUCCGGCUCAGCUGGGGGAAGUGGCAGUUUUCUGAACACCCCUGUAAAAUCUGCCUCUGGUGGUGCAGGCCCUGUCAGCGCUUACAGCGGUCCCACUGCUGCCCCUGUAGCUAUCCUCCGACUCAACAAUGACAACAACGGUGAUGGAACUUACAACUUCGAUUUCGAGACCGAAAACCGCAUCUCCCAGCAAGAAACGGGUCACGUUGCUGGAGCAGGAGCUGAUGCCGCUGUUAUAGCUCAAGGAUCUUACUCUUUCGUAGCUCCUGAUGGCCAAGCUUACACCGUCAACUACGUUGCCGAUGAAAACGGUUUCCAACCCCAAGGAGCUCACAUCCCCACAGCACCACCAGUACCAGAAGAAAUUCUUAAGGCCCUGGAACAAAAUGCUGCUGACGAAGCUGCCGGUAUCGUCGAUGACGGUCAGUACCGUCCUGAUCCCUCAGAAGCCGCCGCAAGCAGACAGUACUUAGCCCCCAAGCCCAGUGGUAGCCAACAGAAUGGCGGUUAUAGAUAUUAGACUGAGGUAGCUUGUUGUUAAAUAGGUAC